AUGGGGCACUUGCUUCUGCUUUGGAUGGCUUCGGUCAUGUGCUGUUCUGCCUUCAGCACUACUGCCUGGUCAGUGAACAAUUUCCUGAUAACAGGUCCCAAGGCCUAUCUGACCUACACCACCAGUGUGGCCUUGGGUGCUCAGAUUGGCAUCGAAGAGUGUAAGUUCCAGUUCGCUUGGGAGCGAUGGAACUGUCCUGAGCACGCCUUCCAGUUUUCAACCCACAACAAGCUGAGCGGUGCCACGAGAGAGACGUCCUUCCUUCACGCUAUUCGCUCCGCUGGAGUUGUGUACGCCAUCACCAAGAACUGCAGCAUGGGUGACUUUGAAAACUGUGGUUGUGAUGAGUCCAAAAACGGAAAAACGGGCGGCCAUGGCUGGAUCUGGGGAGGCUGCAGCGACAACGUGGAAUUUGGGGAAAAGAUCUCCAAACUCUUUGUGGACAGUUUGGAGAAAGGGAAGGACGCCAGAGCCCUGGUCAAUCUUCACAACAACAGAGCCGGCAGGCUGGCAGUGAGGGCCGCCCUGAAAAGGACGUGCAAAUGUCAUGGCAUCUCCGGAAGCUGCAGCAUCCAGACAUGCUGGCUGCAGCUGGCUGACUUCCGGCAGCUGGGAGACCACCUGAAGGCCAAAUACGACAGCGCGCUGAAAAUCGAGCUGGAGAAGCGCCAGCUGCGGGCCGCCAACCGGGCCGAGGGCCGCCGGGCCCCCGCGGAGGCCUUCCUCCCCAGCGCAGAGGCCGAGCUCAUUUUCCUGGAGGGCUCCCCCGACUACUGCGCCCGCAACGCCAGCCUGGGCGUCCCGGGCACGGAGGGGCGCGAGUGCCUGCCGCAGGCCCGGGGCGCCUCCCGGUGGGGGCAGCACAGCUGCGGGCGCCUGUGCACCGAGUGCGGGCUGCAGGUGCAGGAGGAGACGGCGGAGGCCGUGGGCAGCUGCGACUGCAGCUUCCGGUGGUGCUGCACGGUCAGGUGCGGCCGGUGCACGCGCGUGGUGAGCAGGUUCUACUGCUCGAACCCUGCUGCAGGCCGCGCCCGGCCCCGCCCCGGGGCCAAGGCCAAGGCCUGGUGA